UAGAUUUAAAAAAUACGAUGAGAUUUAAUUAUUAUUGCCCUUCCCCGUUGUAAAUAAGGAUGACUGACAUGAAUUUCAUUGAGUCUUUAUUCCAAAUAUUUAAGGAAAACAAGUCAUCGUACAAACCCAUUUAUAAUCUUACAAUUAUCUGUCUUUACAACUCAAAUUUAAAAUGUAAGGUAUCUUCUCUUCUUAGUUGGACGCCGGCAGGGAUAUCGUUAAAGAAACCUACAUGUCAAAAAAAAUCGGUGAAAUGCUCACUUGUGCACUAGGUAGGUACCUCCUGCAGUUCAAUACGCGCCUACUACAAGUCAGUAUGAAGUGAAUGUCAACUAGUUGAAAGGUGAUAUUUUAUAAGAAAACCUACUUAAUGUCAUUAAAAAUUAAUAUAAGGGUCUUGUUCGUCCAGCAGUCGCCAACCUGUCAGUGAUGGUGAUGGUGCAACAAAACCGCGGUUAAAACCAACGCGUACAAUCGAUUCUUGUAACUGACGUCAUCAACCCGUGUGUCAUCUUGAACCAUAUUAUAACCGCGGCACAUAACACAGAAAUUUUGGUUAUUCGCUUGGAUUUGAUUAUUGACGGAAUUCACACGACCGGAUCUUAGACACAGUCAUCGACCACUGCACGAACGAACCUAAUACCUAAUGCCACUUUUUUAGUUAAGUUAUGCGCGUACCGAUAACGCUGUCCGACGUACGCCGGGCGAAGUAUCUGAACGUACCCCUGACACUUGCCAAUAUUGACUUACGUCAAAUUGACAAUUAUGACCGAUAGACGUAACGUGACCUCGUUUUACAUUUUUUAACCUUGUAAUUUAGUUCUUCAAUUCCUAUUUUAAAAGACAGUUUCUUAAUUUUACUCAUAUCCCGAAUCUCAUAUAAAUUUUAAAAAUGUCAGCGAUCUAUCAUAAAUCCAUGGCUGCCCUGGAUAAAGUUGUUCCCGACAGACUGAAACCACUUUGGAUGCACCCAGCAGGACCUAAAACUAUAUUUUUCUGGGCACCAGUAUUCAAGUGGGGUCUGGUAAUAGCUGGUAUUGCUGAUCUCCAAAGACCUGCUGAUAAGAUUAGUGUUAGCCAGUGUGGUGCUCUUCUAGCUACUGGUGUCAUAUGGUCAAGGUAUUCCUUGGUUAUAAUACCAAAGAACUAUUCCCUGUUUAGCGUCAAUGUUUUUGUUGCUCUUACUCAAUGCUACCAAAUGUACAGAGCUGUUAGGUAAGUUCAUCAUUGUCAAAUUUUGUAUAUCAAUUAUCGUGCUGCUCAGGAAGAUCAUAUAUUGUGUUUUUGUCUUCUUUUCCUCAAUUGAGUACCAAUAUCUGUCUAAAAAAUUCUUACCUGAUACUGUUUCACUACUUUUACAUGGAGAUGUAAUAUGGCCAUUUAACUCACUGGAUGAUUUCCACCUGUAUACGGUUUUGCUAAUUUCUUUCUUCAUCAUUUCUGCUGAAUCAAUAAAUGUUUUCUUUGACAUGCGGAAAAAUUUAGAGAACUGAAAGUUACCAUGGUUACAAAGCCAUGGUUCCAUCAUUAAAAAAAAAUCUGAAAGAAACAUUUCUCCCAUGAAUAUUAUGAAAGGUUUAUUAUUUAAACUUUCCAUAUACAGUUGUAGACGAAAAAGCACCGAU